CCCGGGAGGCGGAAGUUGCCGUGAGUCGAGAUUGCAGCACUGCACUCCAGCCUGGCGACAGAGCAAGACUCCGUCUCAAAAUAAAUAAAAUAAAAUAACAUGAGUCAGGAAGGACGUUGGUGUUGAGGUUGGCGCACAUAUCAAGGACAGUAACUACCAUGGUUCCCGAAGUGUUGCCAAAACCUCAGAUGCAUGGCCUUUUGGCCAAGCGUCUGCAAUUUCAUAUGUUUGGAGCGUUCAUGGUAUCCCUGGGGGUUGCAGCUUUGUAUAAGUUUGGUGUGGCUGAACCAAGAAAGAAGGCAUAUGCAGAUUUCUACAGAAAUGGAGAUUUUGAGGAGAUGAGGAAGGCUGGUAUCUGUCAGAGUGUAAUCUUGGAAUAUAAAGAAUUUCUUCAGAUUGGUUUACUUAGAAGUUUGUCACUGACUCGUGUUCCUGAACACAUGAAUAUGUGGGCUAAGAAAUAGUUCCUCUUGAUAAACAAUUAACAAAUAAAUAAAUAAAACUAACCAUUUUAAAGUGAACAAUUCAGUGACAUUUAGUACAUUCACACUGUGUUGUACAACCAGCAUUUCUAGCUAGUUCUAAAGCAUUUUCUUUUUUUGGGGGGGAGACAGGGUCUCACCCCGUCGUCCAGGUUGGAGAGCAGUGGUGCCAUCUU